UGUUCCAUCGUCACACCCUGUGAGGCUCCUGUCGUCAAUAUGCGUGAGUGUAUCAGCGUCCACAUCGGUCAGGCCGGCGUGCAGAUCGGCAAUGCUUGCUGGGAACUGUACUGCCUCGAGCAUGGCAUCCAGCCCGACGGCACGAUGCCCUCCGACAAGACCAUCGGCGGCGGCGACGACUCCUUCAACACCUUCUUCAGCGAGACCGGCGCCGGCAAGCACGUCCCCAGGGCUGUGUUCGUUGAUCUGGAACCCACUGUCGUCGACGAAGUCCGCACCGGCACCUACCGCCAGCUGUUCCACCCCGAGCAGCUGAUCACCGGCAAGGAGGACGCCGCCAACAACUACGCCCGCGGACACUACACCAUCGGCAAAGAGAUCGUCGACCUCGUCCUCGACCGCAUCCGCAAGUUGGCCGACCAGUGCACGGGGCUUCAGGGCUUCCUCAUCUUCCACUCGUUCGGCGGAGGAACCGGAUCGGGCUUCACGUCGCUGCUCAUGGAGAGGCUGUCGGUGGACUACGGCAAGAAGAGCAAGCUGGAGUUCUCCAUCUACCCGGCGCCGCAGGUCUCAACAGCAGUCGUCGAGCCCUACAACUCCAUCCUGACGACCCACACGACCCUGGAACACUCCGACUGCGCCUUCAUGGUCGACAACGAGGCCAUCUACGACAUCUGCCGGAGGAACUUGGACAUCGAGCGCCCCACCUACACCAACCUCAACCGCCUCAUCGGCCAGAUCGUGUCUUCGAUCACGGCUUCCCUUCGGUUCGACGGCGCUCUCAAUGUGGAUCUGACGGAGUUCCAGACCAAUCUCGUACCGUACCCGCGUAUCCACUUCCCGCUCGCUACGUACGCACCCGUCAUAUCCGCAGAGAAGGCUUACCACGAGCAGCUGUCCGUUGCCGAGAUCACGAACGCCUGUUUCGAACCCGCGAACCAGAUGGUAAAAUGCGACCCACGUCACGGAAAGUACAUGGCCUGUUGCAUGUUGUAUCGUGGCGAUGUUGUGCCCAAGGAUGUCAACGCAGCCAUUGCUUCUAUCAAGACCAAGAGGACGAUUCAGUUUGUGGAUUGGUGUCCUACGGGAUUCAAGGUGGGCAUCAACUACCAGCCUCCCACCGUGGUCCCCGGCGCCGACCUGGCCAAGGUGUCCCGCGCCGUGUGCAUGCUGUCCAACACGACCGCCAUCGCCGAGGCGUGGGCGCGUCUCGACCACAAGUUCGACCUGAUGUACGCCAAGCGCGCCUUCGUGCAUUGGUACGUCGGAGAGGGCAUGGAGGAGGGAGAGUUCUCCGAGGCCAGGGAGGAUUUGGCCGCCCUCGAGAAGGACUACGAGGAGGUCGGAGUGGAUUCGACCGAGGCUGAGGACGAGGAAGGAGGCGAAGAGUACUAGAGCGGGACUCCUGACGGAGAGCUAGGGAGGGCGUUGAGGGCGAAGGAGGCCGAAGGACCUCUCUCACCCCUUCUGAAGGCGGGCAAGAGGGAAAACAACCGUCUCCUAAGCACCCUGCAAGACACGUCCGUCCUUUGUCCCUAAAUCCUUCUCCUGUUUUGGGACGUUUCUCUACCCCUCCCCCCCCCCAGCCCCUAAACCCGUCCUCCUCAUGCAACUGAAUAGGAAACAAGAGCCCCCUCCCCCCCUCACCUUCCUUCUUCCUGCGAUCGGGCCUGGCAAACACUCAAAGAAUCACUGGUAACGAAGAGAAGACUCAGCUACAUUACCAUUACCAUUAAAAAGUAACGCACAAAAACAGACAACUGCAUAGAUAAGUAGUGAUGAUCAAAGAAUGUGAAACCCGUUUCCAUAUUUCACACAUUAUCUUCACCCUAAAGUUUACCCGACACUGCCAACACGUUAUUCUCACCGCUGGCACUCUAACGUGCCGCGAAAAUAAUGCCGCUUUGGCCCUUUUCAACCCCCUUCAUGUGGCACUUUCGAGAGAGAGAAAGGAAAUGUCACUCUCCAUCAUAACAACUCUUAGAACUAUAACACUAUAUCGUUUUCCAUCAUCGGCCAUACUCAUGUCUAGUCACAAAGGAUAAUAACGAUAAAAGAAAUAAAAUAAAAUAAAAACUUCUAGUCAUGCUAGGCCUUCAGAUCAACCUCCCCCCCCACACCUACCUAACACCCACCUUCUCCUCCCUCUCCAUCCCUCUCUCACGAACAAUCACAACAAAGAAAGAGAAAUAAGAACAGGCAAGAACAAUCAUACAUGGACCGAUUGGCUGUUAUGAAUAAA